AGCGGCAACCUCCCCAACACAAAUUCACAAAGCAGAGCGAAAAACCUCUCAAGAGAAAGAGGGUUUUGCGGUAGCACCUUUCACUGUCAUGGCAAUCUCCACCCCUAUCCUCUCUUUCUCUUCUCUUUCUUCUUCUUCUUCAUCUCUCUUCUCUUCAAAACCUUCUUCUACAUGGACACUUCCUACCAAUUCACCCUCCUCCUCCUCCUCCUCCAACCUCGCCAUCCGCUCUUGUUACUCCGACUUCAGUUCUUCCCCUGACUCCUUCAAUUUCAGGAAACCUGAAUUUGCAUCCAUGUCUCCGUUUGGACUGUCAGUGAAUGAGUCCAGCAAGGCUCCAUACAAAUGGCGAAGGGUUUUGCUCAAGGUCAGUGGAGAAGCACUUAAAGGAGAUCAAUCCCAGAAUGAGAAUAUUGACCCUAAGGUAACUAUGGCCAUUGCAAGGGAGGUAGCAUCUGUCACUCGCCUUGGCGUUGAGGUUGCACUUGUAGUUGGUGGAGGUAAUAUUUUCCGUGGAGCUUCUUGGGCUGGAAGUGGCGGUCUAGACCGUUCAUCGGCAGAUUAUAUUGGGAUGUUGGCAACCGUCAUGAAUGCUAUAUAUCUUCAAGCAACAAUGGAGAGUAUUGGCAUUCCAACUAGGGUGCAGACUGCAUUUCGCAUGUCUGAGGUUGCAGAACCAUAUAUACGCCGAAGGGCUGUGAGGCAUUUGGAAAAAGGAAGGGUUGUCAUUUUUGCUGCUGGAACUGGAAAUCCGUUCUUUACCACAGACACCGCAGCAGCGCUCCGAUGUGCUGAAAUUAACGCAGAAGUUGUACUCAAAGCAACAAAUGUCGAUGGAGUGUUUGAUGACGAUCCAAAGCGUAAUCCAGAAGCACGUCUUCUUGACACACUAACAUAUCAGGAAGUAAUUACAAAAGAUCUAUCGGUGAUGGACUUGACUGCCAUAACUUUAUGCCAGGAAAAUAACAUUCCUGUUGUUGUCUUCAAUCUAAACAAACCAGGUAACAUUGAGAAAGCAAUUAAAGGCGAAAAGGUUGGCACUUUGAUUGGGGGAACAUGGAAUUCCACCGUGUCAAGAACGUGAAAAUAUUUGAAGUCCAAUUACUAAAUGAUUCUUUCCUAUAUAAUCUUCCAGCUGAGGAUGCCAAGAAUACUAGGUACAUUACUUUGCAAUUGGUGGUUGGUUUUUGAUGUACUUCAAGGGUGCUGCUGUUCUGAUUCAAAAUCUGUAUAUAAUCUUAUCCUAGAAUUGCUUGUUUAAUUUUAUUAAACAUCAUUCAAGUAGCACUUUGUUUCCCUUGAAGCAUAGAAAUAGUAUUGAAAAGAAUUCAUUGUAAUUUUAGUCUAUUUACUAUAGUUUAUGUGUGACAUUAGUACUCU